UUCCCACAUGAGACUCUCGCAUAAUGCUCCAGUCAGCUGACUUUAGACGCCAUUUUGUCAGCCAUUUCCUACACUGAUCCACUGCCAGCGUCUCUGCACAGCACAGGACGGCCCCGUCUGGCCUCAACUUCAUCUGCCCGGGCUUGGUAAACAGCAACGGACCCUGCAUACGCCACGGUACCCGGGUGGAUGAGACACAGUGUAGCGUGUCGGUCGGCACCCACUAGACCACUGCUAGGCGCUCGGCCCCGCAGGACAGAAGCGGUACAAAGUCGCAGACAGUCAUGGCUUUGAAGAUUGUAAAAGGGAGCAUCGAUCGGAUGUUCGAUAAAAAUCUCCAGGAUUUAGUACGUGGCAUCAGGAAUCACAAGGAAGAUGAGGCCAAGUACAUCUCCACAUGCAUCGAUGAGAUCAAACAGGAGCUCAAGCAGGACAACAUCGCUGUCAAAGCCAAUGCUGUGUGCAAGCUCACCUACCUUCAGAUGCUGGGCUAUGAUGUCAGCUGGGCUGCUUUCAACAUUGUUGAAGUCAUGAGUUCAUCCAAGUUCACAUACAAGAGGAUUGGCUACCUGGCAGCCUCACAGUGCUUUCAUGAGAACACAGAUGUCAUCAUGCUGACAACCAAUCAAAUUCGAAAGGAUCUCAGCAGCCCCAACCAGUAUGACACAGGUGUUGCCCUCACUGGCCUGUCUUGUUUUGUGACCCCUGACUUGGCUCGAGACCUAGCUAAUGACAUCAUGACACUGAUGUCCCACACUAAACCUUACAUCAGAAAAAAAGCUGUGCUGAUCAUGUAUAAGGUGUUUCUGAAGUAUCCAGAGUCUCUGCGCCCAGCUUUUCCCAGGCUCAAGGAGAAACUGGAGGACCCAGACCCAGGUGUCCAGUCAGCAGCAGUAAAUGUCAUAUGUGAGCUGGCCAGGAGAAAUCCCAAGAACUACCUGUCUCUGGCUCCACUUUUCUUCAAACUUAUGACUUCCUCUACUAACAACUGGGUUCUCAUUAAGAUAAUAAAGCUGUUUGGUGCUCUCACACCAUUGGAGCCACGGUUGGGGAAGAAGUUGAUUGAACCUCUAACAAAUCUAAUCCACAGUACCUCUGCCAUGUCACUGCUGUAUGAAUGUGUCAACACUGUGAUUGCAGUGUUGAUUUCUUUGUCCUCGGGGAUGCCUAACCACAGUGCUAGUAUCCAGCUCUGUGUGCAGAAACUGCGAAUCCUGAUAGAAGACUCGGACCAGAACUGUGAGCCCUCUGUCAAUGCCUGCAUGAAGUACUUGGGCCUGCUGGCCAUGUCAAAGAUCCUGAAGACCCACCCCAAGUCAGUGCAGUCUCAUAAGGACCUCAUCCUCCAGUGUCUGGACGACAAGGAUGAAUCCAUCCGUCUGAGAGCUCUGGACCUGCUCUAUGGCAUGGUAUCAAAGAAGAACUUGAUGGAGAUUGUGAAGAAGCUGAUGAUACAUGUAGACAAAGCAGAAGGAACCACCUACAGGGAUGAACUGCUCACAAAGAUCAUUGACAUCUGCAGUCAGAGCAACUACCAGUAUAUCACCAACUUUGAAUGGUACAUCAGUAUCCUAGUGGAGCUGACUCGAUUAGAGGGCACACGGCAUGGCCACCUCAUUGCCUCUCAGAUGCUGGAUGUGGCCAUACGAGUCAAAGCCAUCCGGGCCUUUGCCGUCGCCCAGAUGGCUACCCUGCUGGACAACGCCCACCUCUUGACAGGCAACAUGCAGCGAAACGGCAUCUGUGAAGUGUUGUAUGCGUCAGCCUGGAUCUGCGGCGAAUUCUCAGAACAUCUGGAGAACCCAAUGCAGACUUUGGAGGCCAUGCUGCGCCCUAAGGUCGCCACCCUACCUGGUCACAUCCAGGCUGUGUAUGUACAGAAUGCAGCCAAGCUGUUUGCCACCAUCCUGAAGAAUCAGGAGGGGAACACAGACAGUACAACUGCACAGGAAACCAGCCAGCUGAUGAUAGACAGACUACCACUGUUUGUCCAGAGCGCUAACCUUGAGGUGCAGGAGAGGGCGUCCUGCAUCCUGCAGCUAGUUAAGUACAUCCAGAAGCUGCAGCAGAAGGACGUAGAAAUAGCAGAAGAAGUCAGCGCGCUGUUUGCUGGAGAACUCAAUCCUGUAGCUCCGAAGGCACAGAAGAAAGUGCCUGUUCCUGAAGGGCUGGACCUGGAUGCUUGGAUCAAUGAGCCUCCUUCUGAAAGCGAGUCUGAGGACGAGCAGCCCAAGGCUAUUUUUACCAAGGAGGAGCCCAAACACUCACGCCCUCGUCACACAGAGGUGGACGAGAAAGAGCUGGCAAGGAGGAGAGAAGCCAGAAAGCAGGAGCAAGCCAACAACCCAUUCUAUAUCAAGGCCUCCCCAUCCUCUCAGAAGGUGUACCAGGAUGCUCCAGGAGUGGAGCACAUCCCAGUCGUGCAGAUUGAUCUCAGUGUGCCUCUCAAAGUCCCAGGUCUGCCUAUGUCUGACCAGUACGUAAAGCUAGAGGAGGAGCGUCGGCAGAAAGAGAGAGCAGAGAAAAAGAAGAAGGAGAAGAAGAAGAGGAAAGAAAAGCGCAGUGGACGAGGGAGGAAACAUGACUCAGGCCCAGAGAGCGAGGAGGACAUCACGCCUGUGCAUGUGGUCGACAUUGUUACAGAGGAGAUGCCAGAGAAUGCCUUACCCAGCGAUGAUGAUGACAAAGACCCCAAUGACCCUCACAAAGCCCUGGACAUUGACCUGGACAAGCCGCUUGCAGACAGCGAGAAGCUACCGGUCAGGUCCCACCGUGCAGCAGGGGCUCCAAAAAGCUCGGCAGAGGAUGGAGAGGUAGAAAAUGCCACAUCACAGGAGCCCAAGAAGAAGAGCAGCAAAGAAAAGAGGGAGAAGAAAAAGGAUAAAGACAGGGAGAGGAAGAAGAGCAAAGAAGAGAAAAAGAAGAAAAAACACAAACAUGAAGAAAAGGAGGAGGAUCUCCUUGGGGGUCAGGGAGAAGAGCCUGUGAUCCAAUCAGAAGAAACAAAAGAGGUGGCAGCACAGCCCACUUCAACUAGUGCUGAGGUUUCGGACCUGGAUUUCUGGCUCUCAAAUGCUCCAGUGCCCUCUAACACCCAGGAAGCAGCAACAGUAGCAGCAGCAGCAGAAGCAGCCCCUGUGCCCGAGGUGUCUUCUGGCAUAGCGGCAGAUUCUGAGCCCGACGAACCCAAAGACACCGAGAUGGAGGAGAGUAAGUCGUCCAAACACAAGAAGAAGAAGCAGAAAAAAGAGAAGGAAGAGAAGGAGAAGAAAAAGAAAAAGAAGCAUCAUCACCAUCACCACCACAGCGAUGGAGGUGGAGAGGAGUCGGUGCAGAAUGGCACAGUCGAGGAGGAGGAGCCUCUGCCGCCCAUGUCCAAUUACUGCCUGCUGGCUGAGAACUCCUACAUCAAGAUGAUGAUGGAGGAUGCUGAUCAGGUGUGCGACAUCCAGGGGAACCUACAGGAUGGCAGUCAGGUGGUGGUGUCUGUCAUCUUUGAAAACAAGUGCGACAGUUUCCUCAAAUCCAUGGAGUUCAAUGUGCUGGACUCUCUGAACUCCAAGCUGCAGAGGCCAGAAGGGUCAGGUCCACAUGAUGGUCUCACCGUCCCCUUCCAGCUUCCUCCUGGAGUUUCCAAUGAGGCCCGAUUUGUCUUCACUGUACAGAGCAUCGUGAUGCCGCAAAAGCUGAAGGGAACCCUCACCUUCAUAGUCAAGAAUGAGGACUCCUCCACUCAUGAGAAACUGGACUUCAAACUGCACUUUACCUGCACCUCCUACCUGAUCACUACUCCUUGUUACAGUGACGCGUUUGCAAAGCUGCUGGAGUCGGGAGACCUGAAGAGCAGCUCUGUCAGACUGGAGGGUGUUAACAUGCCCUUCCACCACCUUCUGGCCAGGAUCUGCUUCCACCACCACUUCUCUGUUGUGGAGAGGAUCGACUCCUGUGCCUCCAUGUACAGCAGGUCUAUCCAGGGUCACCAUGUCUGUCUGCUGGUCAAAACUUCUGGUCAGACUGUGUCCAUUGACGCUAAAUGUGACGAGCCAACGCUGCUUGGGAAUGUGCUGGAUGAGAUCAAGCAGACCUUCUCUCAGUGCUGAUUGUGUCUGACAGCCCCAGGGUGCCCCCCCGCCCUACCACUCCAUUCCAGCCCUCCCUCACUGAAACACAACAUAAUCACGUUAUGAAACACUGCGGCUGGCACCUCCAGUAUCGCCCUAUUUAUUAGUCCUCAGAUUUGCAAGAUUUAUUUUCCCUUCUCUGCUUCUCCAGUGCCCCACACUUUGUCCCUCUUUGCGCUCUGUGGUCACUCCCUCAUAUUUGAUGUUGUUUUACAGACUUGUGUACAUGCUUCAUCUCCUCCUGCAGUGCACUUUUCAUUUUUACUUCCUAGUUUUCGUACAGCCACUCUGUUACACCCUGACUCUGACUGAGCUCUUGUUUCUGGACGCCCGGCGUCCUCUGCGCUUUCCUGCGUGUCUUUCCGCCCUCCACUCUGUCAGGUAUCCAAUCUCUGACGGUCAUGUCAUGUAAUGUUGACAACUGGACUUUUUGCUGUUAAUGUCUGGAUUGUAUUUUUACUGUUUUGAAUUUUUUUGUCUUUGGCUUGUUUUUGUUGUGUCUCUUUUUUUGUUUGUUUUUUGUCUGAAACCUGUCUGCGCCUUCAUCUAAUCCCCCUCUUACUGCUCACUAAAAAUCAGUGUGUGUGCUGCUCAUCUGUGUAGGCCUGAAAAAAUCAGGUGACUUUUUCAGAAUAGAUGGGCCCUAUAACCUGCUCACCCACCACUGACCUGGUGCCUGGAGAAGACCAGACACUGGGCAAGUGACAGGAGAGCAGAGAUGAAACCAAAGCUACAAAUAAGGCAUGGGUUUAAAACUUGUAUCGGGGCUUUUGCCCUGGUUGCCUUUUGGCAAGGCUCAGAGCAGAUCUGCUGGUGUUUUAGUUAAACCGAAUCCUUGUGUCUCUACGGGUGAUUGUACAGUAGUUCAGUAGUUUUGCUCUGUGCCUUAGCCCUGCAGUCUGACCUAUUCCAGCACUUCAUGAGUAUUUUAGAGCCCCCACCUCUCCAUUGAGCACAUCUGUCUGCCAGUCGAACAGUACUAAGCUGCAGAUUUGACCCCAGCCCCCCAUCCAGGACUUUCAACAUAUCAUUCCUUUUGCGAAUCCAGUGCAAUGUAAGAUUUCUAUAACACCUGAUAAAGUUGUGUGUUCUAAUAUUCCUCUCAUGGAUGGUUCAGUUAUUGUAUAGAAGAUGUAAUGAUAUUGUAAAGCAGGAUGCUCUUAUUUCGCUGAAGGCACUGCAGUUCUAAAGGCCCUCAUUCAACCAAUGCAUUGAUGGAAUAAUCUGACAUAAAGAGCUGUCCUUCGUGACAUCGCUGUCCUCUCUUGGGGGGGGAAAAAGAGGCAACCUGCGACAAGUUAAAGGCCACCACAGCUAUACUCUCAGCCUGUCUGUUUCUUUUAAAACUGCUGGCCUGCAUAUGAGAUUGUUUUCUCUAAGCGGACGCUGUGAACAGGUCAGUGGCUCGAAGCUCCCUCCGAAUCAGUAUUGAUCAACGUGGCUUUCACUGUAAGGAAGCAUCUCCUCUGUCAGCAGCGUGCCGUUUUGCCUGCCAUGUGAAACAUUUACGUCUGUGCCACUCAUGCACUGCAGAAGCUCCACCUCUGCUAGCUAACGGCCAGCUGAUCCAUCCCCUCAUGUUUCUUUUUGCCUCCCGAAAACUGCCUUGCCACUUUUUUUUUUUUUGUGUGUGUGUGUGUGUGUUACGAGGAGUCUUUAAAAAAAACAAAAUGCUCAGCUUCCUGUUAGAACUCUCUUUAUUUGAUGUUUUCAUUUGGGUCAUUUAUGUUUAAAUCAACUACCCCAUGCGGUUCAACCAAUCCUUGUAGUAGCAAGAUAAAAAAACUGACUUGGUAGCGUCUCUGUUCAUAUAUACUGGUAAGCCCACCCCACCCCUUUUUAUCUGUCUGCUAUUGUAGAUAAGAAGUAUGAUGAUGUCUGUGGCCCGAAGGUCAGGUCAGCCAUUCCACAAGAUCUUCAGUGGUAGAGUCUGAAUUCAGAGGUGAUGAGCCGUUUUUCAGGAAUGUCAGAAAAUAAUUAUGUAUGUGCUCCCUGCUCCUGAAAGUGCUAUCGGUGAAUCUGAGAAACAACUUCUCUGAUAACACAUUGUCCUAAUACUGAUCAUUCUGUUCAUACUGUUAGAUUAAAAUUUGUAUAUUGCAUGAUUAGGAAUGUACACUUUUAUUUUUCCUUUUCUUUUCCAUGGACAUGCUUACACAAAGACCAUUUUGUCCUUUCUUUUUCUUGAUUUUUUUUUUUUUUUUUUUUUUAAAUGAAGUUUUCUUGACCAUUCUCUCUAUUUUUGAUGGUAUUGUGUUUUUAUCUAUUCUAAGUGCAGACAAUUAAAAGACGUGAUAUCAUUGAAUGUUUUUAAAUUAUUAAUCACGGGGGAAGGAAGGGGGUUCUGUUUGGUGCCGCACCACUGAGGACAUGGGGCUCACAAUAAUAGAACAGGUAAAUGUGAAGCAGUGUACUGAGAGGCAACCCGCUCUGUCUUAAUGCUCUGUUGGUUCAGCUGUAGUGAUUUAUUCUACCAAGUUUGGCUUGUGACAUUGAAAUAUACUCAUGACAGAUUUUUCAAGGUCCUGUCUUUUUAUUUCUUCAUAUUCAAAUAGCAAACUCUACAAUGUCAUAUUCAAAAGGGGACAACAUAAAUUACAUUCCCUUUAAAGAAAUUCCACUCAAUGAAAAAAAAUAAAGUCUAUAAGAAGCUGCA